CAAGUCAUCCUUAUGGGACCCCCAAAAGGUCUAGAGACCCAGAAUUGGAUGCCCCUAAUCUCCAUCACCAACACCACCUUAUCAGCUCAAUCCUCAUUUCCACCCAUCUCUGCAAGCAAAACACAGAGCAGACUAGGGAGCUUCAAGAACCAGUGGAAAAGGAGUAAAAGUAAGGGACCAAAAAACCCAUAAUGGAAAAAUGCCUCAUUAUCUUACCCACUAAAUCAAGACCUCCUCUUUCAAUCCCAUCUUACAGUGCCUCCCAAUUUGAGUUUAUUGCCUCAACAAGAGUCCAUGCAAACUCCAACUAUGUAUCUAUGUCCAUAAGGUCACUUCCAUACCCAAAAUUCAUGGAUGCCCAGUUGAACCAGUUAUGCAGUAAUGGCCCCCUGAGUGAUGCUGUGGCAAUUCUUGACUCCCUGGCUGAACAAGGCUCCAAGGUGAGACCCAUCACCUAUAUGAACUUGCUACAGUCUUGUAUUGACAGGGACUGUAUUGAGGUGGGUAGAGAGUUGCAUGCUCGGAUUGGAUUGGUGGGAAAUGUGAAUCCUUUUGUGGAGACCAAGCUGGUGAGCAUGUAUUCAAAAUGUGGGCAUUUGAGUGAGGCACGCAAAGUGUUUGAUGAAAUGCGUGAGAGGAAUUUGUUCACUUGGUCUGCUAUGAUUGGUGCCUGCUCCAGGGAGAAGAGUUGGGAGGAGGUUGUGGACCUCUUUUAUGACAUGGUGCGGCAUGGUUUCUUGCCUGAUGAGUUUUUGCUUCCGAAGAUCUUGCAAGCGUGCGGGAAGUGCGGGGAUUUGGAGACCGGGAGGUUGAUUCAUUCGGUGGCGAUUCGGCAUGGGAUGUGCUCUUCCAUUCGGGUGAAUAAUUCAAUUAUGGCUGUGUAUGCUAAGUGUGGGGAGAUGGGUUUUGCAAAGAAGCUUUUUAAGAGUAUGGAUGAGAGAGACAGUGUGACCUGGAAUGCAAUAAUAACUGGGUUUUGCCAGAAUGGUGAUAUUGAACAAGCUCGGAAAUACUUUGAUGCAAUGCAGGAAGAAGGAGUUGAACCUGGUUUGGUGACUUGGAACAUUUUGAUUGCUAGUUAUAAUCAGUUAGGGCGUUGUGAUAUCGCAAUGGAUUUAAUGAGGAAGAUGGAGAGUUUUGGGUUAACUCCAGAUGUAUAUACUUGGUCUUCUAUGAUUUCUGGGUUUACUCAAAAGGGUAGGACAUAUCAUGCUUUAGAUUUGUUGAGAAAGAUGUUAUUAUCAGGGGUUGAGCCUAACAGCAUUACAGUUGCAAGUGCAGCCUCGGCAUGUGCGUCCUUACAAUCACUAAGUAUGGCUUUAGAAAUCCAUGGUAUUGGUGUUAAGAUGAGUUUGGUUGAUGAUGUGCUAACUGGUAAUUCACUGAUUGACAUGUAUUCCAAGUGCGGGGAUCUAGAAGCUGCUCAACGCAUUUUUGAUAUGAUGUAUGAGAGAGAUGUAUAUUCUUGGAAUACAAUUAUCGGAGGAUAUUGCCAUGCUGGUUUCUGCGGCAAAGCUUAUGAGUUAUUUAUGAAAAUGCAGGACUCUGAUUCACCACCUAAUGUAGUUACAUGGAAUGCAUUGAUUACAGGAUAUAUGCAGAGUGGUGCUGAGGAUCAGGCGUUGGAUCUUUUUAAAAGGAUUGAGAAAGAUGGAAAAAUUAAGCGAAACGUAGCAUCAUGGAAUUCAUUAAUUGCUGGUUUCCUGCAAAGUGGACAAAAGGACAAGGCUAUGCAGAUAUUUCGGCGUAUGCAGUUUUUCCAGAUAGCUCCUAACUCAGUCACAGUGCUAAGUAUCCUUCCUGCCUUUGCAAAUUUAGUGGCUGGGAAAAAAGUGAAAGAAAUCCAUUGUUGUGCCCUACGUAGAAAUUUAGUGUCUGAAAUUUCAGUGUCAAAUAUAUUAAUCGACAGUUAUGCUAAGUCAGGAAAUUUGAUGUAUUCCAGACGUAUUUUUGAUGGAUUGCCAUUGAAAGAUAUCAUCAGUUGGAACAUUAUGCUUUCUGGUUAUGUUCUACAUGGCAGUUCAGAGUCUGCACUUGAUCUAUUUUAUCAGAUGAGGAAGGAAGGGCUUCAACCAACUAGAGGUACUUUUGCAAGCAUCAUCUUAGCUUAUAGUCAUGCUGGAAUGGUGGAUGAGGGGACGCGAGUUUUCUCAAGCAUUACUGAAGAAUACCAGAUUAGACCAGGUUUGGAGCAUUAUUCUGCUAUGGUCUAUUUGCUUGGUCGUUCAGGUAAGCUUGCUGAAGCACUGGAGUUUAUUCAAAACAUGCCUGUUUCACCGAAUUUCUCUGUUUGGCACACCUUGCUGACCGCCUGCAGAGUUCAUAGAAAUUUUAGACUGGCAAUCCUUGCAGCAGAAAGUAUGUUUGAGUUGGAACCUGGAAAUAUUGUAACUCAGUAUUUGCUUUCACAGGCAUAUUCUUUAUGUGGCAAGUCAUGGGAAUCUCCAAAAAUGGCAAAGCUGGAGAAAGAAAAAGCUAUUAAGAAACCUGUUGGGCAAUGCUGGAUUGAAAGGAAAAACACAAUCCAUACUUUUGUAGUUUGUGAUCAAUCUCACCCAUAUUUGGACAAGCUACAUUCUUGGCUAAAAGGGGUAGCUGUAAAUGUCAAGGCACAUAUUUCUGACCAUGAACUUUGCAUUGAGGAAGAGGAGAAGGAAAAUAGUAGUAGUGUUGUACAUAGUGAAAAACUUGCAUUUGCUUUUGCUCUUAUAGACUCUCAUCAUGCACCUCAAAUUCUAAGGAUAGUGAAAAAUUUGAGAAUGUGUAGAGAUUGCCACGACACAGCCAAGUACAUAUCGUUGGCAUAUGAGUGUGAAAUAUAUUUGAGUGACUCAAAUUGCUUACACCACUUUAAAGGUGGACAAUGUUCUUGUAGGGAUUAUUGGUAGAGCAAAAACAAUUGUGAAUCAAUGAUGAAAUAUAGAAAUCUUUCUUCAUAUUA